GGGUCACUGCCGUGCAACAUCUGACAGAUUUCAAAUACCGACAGCUUUGAUAAAAGUUAUGCAAAUCGUCCAAGUACAAGUAGCAGCUGGAACCAAUAAAAUAAAACAGGGUUCCCAAACGUGACCCACCAAUGCUACAUGUACGAGGUCAUUUUUUAAGUUUCAAGGGAAAUUUGUACAAGUUAGGCCUAAUGACUUAUUUCCCGUAGAGAAAAACCCUAAAUAAGAAAAGAACCCCUGCUUUGACUUGAAGGUUUUGUUUUUGGCACACCUGUAGAGAGUUAAGCUACAAAAUGAAAACUGUCAUUGCUGGGGUGAACUGAAAACCGGAUCUUUUAUAGCUUAGGGAUUUGGGGAAACCACAAUAAUUGAAGUGGUGAAACAGGAAAUAGCCACUGACUUACUGCUAUUUCGUGCUCGCGCACGCAACGCACACGAUCCAAUUGAAUAGGGUUUUGUGUGUAAAUCUUGGAUCAUUCAACGAGUGUUUUUCAACGUGCUCGGAUCACAUCCCAACUUACUGGGAUUUGGACCCGAAUUUCACUGGAAAUUCCUCUUUUUACGGAUUCUAAAAGUGACUGGACAACUAAGGAUAGCUGUUACUACAUACGCAGAGGAAUUCUGUGGGAUUUUGUAUGUAAGAAGCCCUGGAAAUGUACUUAAAGUUCUGAAGUUGUCAGUGGAAAGUUUGUUCUUUUCAGCGUGCAGGCUCGGGGGUGACUACCGAACCAGCAUGGCUGACUUUAGGGUCGCUGGACCCCAACUUUCACGGCGGGUUGUACCCUGUUGUUUGAAUUCUUACACGGUGAUUAAGUUCCUGUUAUGUACUCUUGUGUUUGCUGGAACAAUUUCUGGAGAUGGGACGGAGGGAGAGAGUUCUGGAACUAGAGUCAGACGAAUGGUGCAGACGAACAUUCGAGGUCUACAUGUUUGUCGCUCGCAAGGUUCCUACAUCUGCUGUCCAGGCUGGAAACCAAACCCAGGAAGUGGGUUGUGUCUUACUCCUGUAUGUAGAGGUUCAUGUGGUGAUGGCACGUGUAGUGCCCCGAACACAUGUACCAGAUGUCAACAGACUCCAUACGGGACGACCUCGUGUCAGCGCAUGGCACCAGCCUAUGCAAGCAGUUCUUAUCCAGUGCAUUCCUACACCCAGCCGCAAUACGCAGCUCUAAAUGGACGUACCCCAUCUUCCUCAAUAGCAGCUCCACGCUAUGUACAAGGAUACCAAGGGUACCAGACUAGACCUGUGUAUGGCACAAGUACAGUACGUUCCUGUAGCACUAUGGGAUGUAGAUACUCCUGUGGGUCGACGUCUAAUGGUGGAAUGUCUUGUACCUGCCCUCCUGGCUACAUGUUGGCAUCGGACAGACUGAACUGCAUAGAUAUUGAUGAGUGUUCCAGAUAUUCAACGCUCUGCCAACAGCGUUGCAGGAAUACAUUAGGAGGAUACCAGUGUGCCUGCACAACGGGACAAUUACAGAGUAAUAGACGAACCUGCUCAGGAGGAAGUAGUUGCAGUAGUUGUGGUGGUGGUAUGCCUGCCCCUGGGCAAGUUGCUUCCCAUGCUGCCCCUCCUGGCGGUACAACAUGCCCUGCUGGAUUUCAACAACAGAGGACACCCCAAGGAGUUCGCUGUGUGGAUAUUGAUGAGUGUCGUAACUCGCAGUGUGCGCAGGAUUGCAUCAACACCGAGGGCGGUAUGCGAUGUGAAUGUGGAGCUGGGUUUACCCUCUCGCCUGAUAACCAAGGAUGCAUAGAUAUUGAUGAGUGUGCAAGAAGUGAUUGGCAACCAUGUCAUCAUACAUGUAUCAAUUCUAAAGGAAGCUACAGAUGUUCUUGUCAGCCGGGAUUCUACCUCCAUCAGAAUGGAAGAUCCUGCUUAGAUGUGAACGAGUGCAACCAGGGAGGGGGCCAAGUGUGUCACCAUACAUGUCAAAACACUCACGGUAGCUACAAAUGUACAUGCCGACCAGGAUUUGAGCUUCAGUCAGACGGAGCAACAUGUAGAGAUAUUGAUGAGUGUAGUCAGAGCUCCAAUGGUUGCACAGGGACCUGUGUGAAUACAAUUGGAUCUUAUCAGUGUAGUUGUACACAAGGUUUCACCAGUAGAGGAGGCAGAUGUGCUGAUGUGAAUGAAUGUCAUAUGAACAAUGGCGGAUGUGAACAGGUGUGUCUCAACACAGAGGGAAGCUUCUUAUGUUCCUGUCAGCAAGGUUAUACACUCAAUAGAGACUCAGUGACAUGUACAGAUGUGAAUGAAUGCAGUCAGUAUGGUCAACAGGUUUGUGAGCAUGGAUGCGAGAAUGUCGACGGUACCUACCAAUGUGCCUGUCCAGCUGGAUUCAGACUCCAUCAAAACAAACAAAACUGUGUUGAUAUUAAUGAGUGUAUGGAACAGCAAGGAGUAUGUCAUUACAGAUGUAUGAAUUCGAGAGGAUCGUUCCAUUGUAUCUGCCCACCCCAGUUUGAACUGGCUGCUGAUGGUAGAAUGUGUGAUGACGUGAAUGAAUGUUCCUCAAGUAACCAUGGUUGCCAGGGUGGUUGUGAGAACACUAUGGGAAGCUACCAUUGUACAUGCGCUGAAGGGCAACAGGGUACCGGUGAUCUCUACUGUGAUAAUCAGCCCAGUGGAUGCACCAGUGAAACCUGCUCCCAUAAGUGUGUGGAUACAGGUACAGGACACCAGUGUAUGUGUUCACGUGGGUACCGGUUACAUAACGGAGGUCGACAUUGCGAAGAUAUCAAUGAGUGCCAGGAGGUGGGCAAAGGUGGUUGCCAGCAUAAUUGCAUCAACACAAUGGGUAGUUAUUACUGCUCAUGCUAUGCAGGAUACCGGUUGAACUAUGAUAAGAAGCAGUGUAUGCCGAGCAGAGGUUGUAACCAGUGUAAUAGUUGCCCUCCUGGAUUCAGAAUGAAUACACAGAUUGGAAGAUGUGAAGAUGUGGAUGAAUGUGUCGUCUCACCCAAUAACUGUGGAGCUACGCGCUGUUCCCGCAGUAGACCAGUAUGUGAGCAUAACUGUCACAACACCAUCGGUAGCUAUUCAUGUACAUGCAGAACUGGAUUCCUCAUACAACCAGAUGGAUUUACUUGCUCUCAAGAUGGGCCUUCGUGCACCCCUCCAUGUAGGAAUGGAGGAACAUGUCGAUACUCCAGACAAUGUGGAGGAAACACCUAUAACUGCCGCUUCACUGAAUGUACAUGCCCUGCUGGAUUAUCUGGUCCACGCUGUGAAAAUAGUCUUCCCAGUACAUGUAACCCUCCAUGCAUCAAUGGUGGUAACUGUGUUAAUGGGAAAUGCCAAUGUACAGCCGGCUUCACUGGACCAAGUUGCUCUGCUGAUAAGAACGAGUGUUUAACUCAUCAGUGUGAACAUCAUUGUCAGAAUACCUACGGUAGUUUCCAAUGUCUGUGUCGAGGUGGCUACACAGUUAAUGCUGAUGGGGAAUCGUGUAAUGAGAUUGGUUGUUUCCCUCCAUGUAUGAAUGGUGCGACGUGUGUCAACAAGGUUUGUCAAUGCCCAGAAGGCUUCAGUGGUGCCAACUGCCAAACAGAUAAGAAUGAAUGCGCACUCAACAAUGGGAACUGUGAGCAUAUAUGUCGUAACACAUAUGGAAGCUACGUGUGUUUCUGUCCACGGGGAGCGACACUCAACCCAGAUGGCCAUUCUUGUUCAGGUGUGACUUGUAACCCACCAUGUAAUAACAAUGGAACCUGCGUCAAUAGACGAUGUGUAUGUCCUGAAGGAUUCACUGGGCCUACAUGUCUACAAGAUAUCAAUGAAUGUAAACAGAACAACCCAUGCUCAUAUCAAUGUCUUAAUCGAUAUGGUAGUUAUGAAUGUGUAUGUCCGGAUGGGACUAUGCUGGGUGAUGAUCAACGGACAUGUGAAGGCUCAUCAGCGUGCCUUCCAGAGUGUCUAAAUGGAGGAACUUGUAGAUCUGGUACCUGCCUCUGCCCUCAAGGGUUUACUGGAGACAACUGUAUCAUUGAUAUUGAUGAGUGUGAGAAUGCAACCCGAUGCGGCUUCCAGUGCAAUAAUUACUACGGUGGAUUUGAAUGUUUGUGUCCUCCUGGUUUCAUGCUAGCUAAUGAUGACAGACGGUGUGUAGAUAAAAAUGAAUGUCCGCUUGCCAACUGUGAGUAUGACUGUGAAAACAUCCCAGGCAGCUACCAGUGUCUGUGCCCUGAAGGAAAGAGACUCGCCCCUGAUCGACGAUCAUGUCUUGAUUUGCCGUGUAUUCCACCAUGCCAGUUUGGUGUUUGCCAAGGAGGAGAUUGUGAAUGUACCAUCGGGUAUAUCGGUGCAGAUUGUAGUCUACCUAAACGAUGUGAUCAACCAUGCGCUAAUGGUGGGAUAUGUAUACGGGGUAUCUGCCAAUGUACGCAAGAUUUCAGUGGAGAGUUUUGCCAGACUCAAGUUUGCAGACCAUCUUGUCUGAAUCUUGGUAUAUGCAGUGAAGGUGCUUGCCUAUGUCCAGAUACACACACUGGCUACUAUUGUCAAUACAAAGCAUGUAAGCGAGAUUGCUUAAAUAAUGGAACAUGUGGUAAUGAUGGAGUAUGCUACUGUGAGGACGGAUUCCUUGGUGACUACUGUCAGAUCAAAGUAUGUCGACCAACGUGUGUGAAUGGAGCCUGUGAUAACGGUGUCUGCAGAUGUAACAGAGGAUUCAUAGGAGAGGAUUGCAAUGAAAGAGAGUGCCGUAUUCCCUGUCAGAACGGAGGUACCUGUAUGAAUGGAACGUGUGUCUGCCCCGUUGGAUUCAUUGGAGAUUACUGUGAAAACAGAGAUUGUGAACAACCUUGUUUGAACGGAGGAGUGUGUAACUUUGGAAACUGUCGUUGUACUCCAAACUACGAAGGAGAAAAUUGCCAACUUGAAGUGUGCAGCCCAAGAUGUGUCAAUGGUGGAACUUGUGAAAAUGGUGUGUGUAACUGCAUCAAGGGCUUUUCUGGUGAUCUGUGUGAAACAAGAGAGUGUCUGCUGAUAUGUCAAAACAAUGGUGUAUGUGUGGAUGGUAUCUGCCAGUGUCUUUAUGGUUUCAUCGGACCAUACUGUGAAAUCCUAUUUGGUGGAUGCGAAGACGUCAAUUGCUUCAACGGUGGAUAUUGCUCUGAGGGUAGAUGUGUUUGUCUCGAAGGCUUCACUGGACCACAAUGUACCGUUCAGGCACUUAUGCAAGACUGCAUACCAGACUGUCAGAAUGGAGGAUCAUGUUUGAGUUCUAAAUGUUACUGCACACAGAACUACUAUGGUUCCUUCUGUCAGUAUAACUAUCUGCAGCCAUUGAUUCUACCAAUCAGAAUCUACCAGACAGGAGGCAAGAACAUUGAAGGAACGACGGUGUAUUAUAUUUGUGAAACAAACUCAUCAAAGGUUGACGGUUCUCCAUAUUGGUACUACCCCAGUCCCAGUUACGAACAAGUUGAACUGGUAGAAAAUGCCCAAGGAAGAUUCUCUCAGCAGCUGAUUUAUCCGAAUACAUCGUUACUGAUCGUAAGGAAUCUACAGCUUGAAGAUAUCGGAAACUACCGCUGUAGUGUCACCAACGGACCUAGAGUUACUCUGUCCUUAAUUGUCUAUCCCUCAACGUGUAUUCCUAUAUGCAUCAAUGGUGGUGUAUGUCACGGCAAUGUCUGUAUGUGUCCAAACGGCUACACUGGAGAUUUCUGUGAAACAAGAUUAAGCUACUGUCCGAUCCGAUGUCUGAAUGGAGGUUUAUGCGACUACGGAAGCUGCGUUUGUCAACCUGGAUAUGUGGGAAGCUUCUGUCAGAUCGCUAUUGGUGAUGAGUACGUCGUUCGUCUAAGCAUCCCUCGAGAUCAACGACCAACUUUAGGCACAACCAUCUCUAUCGUGUGUGAAGUGUUUGAAACAGCUAACGAUGGUACCCCUGCACAACUGUUCGGUGAUACACCCCUAAUAGCAGAAUGGGACAUUCCUGAACCAGUAAAGCCUCCAUUGUUACAAGGAGUGCCUAUUGAUGGAAUGAUAGUUCCAAGUGAAGGAGGUACUGUUGAAGUCCGACAGAUCUUACCCUCUGCGUCGUUACUCACGAUUACAAACUUCCAGCCAGCGUUCACCGGUAGCUAUAACUGCUCUACGGGAUCACGCACAAUCAGCUACUUCCUGAGUGUUGAGUGUUUACCACCCUGUAUGAAUGAAGGAGCCUGUGUCAACGGUAGAUGCCAAUGCUAUCCUGGGUUUAGCGGAGAUGUUUGUGAAAUCCAACCACCUGAGAUGAUAAACAAGAAUUGUCGUUAUGGCUGUGCUAAUAAUGGAACCUGUAAUGAUGGGAUAUGUCUCUGCCCUCUUGGACUAAACGGAGACUAUUGUGAAAUAGAUUCCAGAGAGUUGAUCAACGACCCGUGUAAAUGUUUGAAUGGUGGAACCUGUGCCCAAGGGACAUGUAUAUGCCCCAAUGGAUACUCGGGGGAACAAUGCCAAAUUGAAGAUGAUGUUUGUAAUCCAGCCUGCCAGAAUGGAGGUACAUGUCUAGAUGGGCUGUGUUAUUGUGACAUUGGUUUUGUGGGAUUCUACUGUGAGAUCAAAGCUUGUCAGUUGCCAUGUGAGUUUGGUGAUUGCAUUGCUGGUGUCUGUGUGUGUGAUGAGGGAUACAACGGGCCUCAGUGCAACUUCUUGGGUAAAUUGACACAUUUAUCUGGUAAACCGACUUAA